GGCAAUCACACAAUGGUUUACUUUAGGUGUGCCUUUUCCUUCAUUGCAGCAGCGGUGCUAGUGCUCUCCGGAGCAAAAGUUCAAUCCAAAAAUGUCCCCGAUCAAUCGUUCCCACUGACGCUGAUACACAUCAACGAUCUACACGCAAGAUUCGAGGAAACAAACCAGAAAUCAUCGACAUGUUUGAAAUCGAGCGAAUGCAUAGCGGGGAUCGCACGCGUUUACCAUACGAUCAAAUCGUUGAAGGAACAGUACAAGGCCCAGAACCCACUGUACCUUAACGCCGGCGAUAACUUCCAGGGUACGCUCUGGUACACGCUACUGCGCUGGAACGUUACGGCGCACUUCAUUAAACAGUUGCCCCCGGAUGCGAUGACACUCGGUAAUCACGAGUUUGACCAUAGCCCCAAAGGCCUUGCACCGUAUUUGCGUGAGCUAGAGAAGAAACGCAUUCCGACCGUUGUGGCCAACAUCGCCUUGAACGGGGAGCCCGCGUUGAGCGAGUCGAAGAUCGCGCGUAGCAUUGUGCUCGAUGUUGCUGGCCGGAAGGUUGGCGUAAUUGGAGCUUUGUACGAUAAAACUCAUGAAGUGUCCCCAACGGGAAAGGUAACGUUCACCAACGCCAUCGAAGCAGUGCGGAAAGAAGCUCAAAAGCUGCAGUCGGACGGUAUCGAGAUCGUCAUUGUGCUGUCCCACUGUGGGCUGGAUGUGGACAAGCAGCUGGCAGAGAAGGCGGGCGAUCUGGUUGAUGUGAUCGUGGGAGCUCACUCCCAUUCGCUGUUGCUCAGCAAAAAGGGCAACGUACAGUACGACUCGAAGUACGAUGAAAUCGAAGGAGAAUAUCCGAUCGUGGUCCAGAAAGCGAACAACCACAAGGUUCUGAUCACCCAAGCACGAUCGUACGGCAAGUACGUGGGCCGACUGACGGUGCUGUUUGACAGGAAGGGUGAGGUACAGAGCUGGGACGGUAAUCCAAUCUACAUGAGCAACGCGGUACCCCAGGAUAAGGACGUACUGAGGGAGCUUAUACCGUGGCGCAAGGAGGUGCAGCGACUCGGAGAUGAACCGAUCGGAACGACGGAAGUGCUGCUCGAUCAUGCGUCCUGCCGGUGGUGCGAGUGCACCCUUGGCAGUCUGGUAGCAGAUGCUUUCGUGGCUAAUUAUACAACCGCAUCACGCAAACCGAUAGCGAUUGUGCUUGCUGGGACAUUUAGAAACUCGAUCAACGUUGGCAAGAUUACCAACGGACUAGCGAUCGAGGCUUCACCCUACGGUUCCUCGGCCGAUCUGGUGAAGCUCACCGGGAACGAUCUAUGGCAAGUGAUCGAACAAUCGCUCACCCUCGACGAUGAGUACCGCUACAACACGAUGCAGGUUUCGGGACUGAAGGUGCAGAUCGAUCUGACCCAGCCCCCGCACAAGCGCGUACAGAGUAUCGAGCUGACCGAGACGAAGAAACCGCUGGACAAAUCGAAGGAGUACCUGGUCGCUACCACUUCCUACCUCGCCGACGGUAAGAAUGGGUUCGAUGUGAUGAAACGAGCGAAGGAACGGGUGACGGGACCACUGGAUUCGGAUGUGCUGAUCGAUUUCAUACGCAAAGAGCGUACGAUCAAGCGGCAACGGUUCGAGACACCCCGGGUCAUCAUCACGAAGCACACGAACGGAACCUGUAGCCGGGCGGUGGACAAGGAACGGUUCACACCAAAGAAGCUCUAGAUCGUGGCGUUCAUCUGUUUGAUCUUGUAUUCCAGAAUGACAAAUAAUAAAAUUCGUCUAGAUCGCC